AUGAAGUUCUUCAUUUUUACCUGCCUUUUGGCUGUUGCUCUUGCAAAGCAUGAGAUGGAACAUGUCUCCUCCAGUGAGGAAUCUAUCAACAUGUUCCAGGAAAAAUAUAAGCAGAGAAAGAAUGUGGUCCUUCAUCCCAGCAAGGAGAACAUUUGUUCCACAUCCUGUGAGGUAUGUAUUGAUUUCACAUCAGUAGUACAAUGUGAAGUAAAAUAUAGUAUUAGAUCUUCCCCUAAGGAAACUGCUGAAGUUCCCAGGGAGAAAGUUAAGCUUACUGUGGAAGAUAAGCAAUACCUGAAACAACUGAGCAAAAUCAGUCAGUUUUAUCAGAAGUUCCCCCAAUAUAUCCAGGCUCUAUAUCAAGCUCCAACUGUUAUGAACCCAUGGGGUCAAGUUAAGAGAAGUGCUGAGCCCUUUAUUCUCACUGUGAGCAGACAGCAGCUCUCUACCGGUGAGGAAAAUUCAAAGAAGACUGUUGAUAUGGAAUCAACGGAAGUACUCACUAAGAAAACUACAUUGACUGAAGAAGAAAAGAAUCGCCUAAAAUUUCUGAACAAAAUCAACCAAUAUUAUCAGAAAUUAACCUGGCCCCAGUAUCUCAAGACUAUUUCUCAGUAUCAGAAAACUGUGAAGCCGUGGAAUCACAUUAAGACAAAUGUUAUCCCCUAUCUGGAUUACAGCGGCAAUCCUGGCAGUCCUUACCCAGUUAACCCAACUCUGAAUAUUCCUUAA